UUGAAAAAUUUGAAGACCAAGAUACACAAGCUAGAAUGUUUUUUCUUGAUAGCGAUCCUGUGGAAAAACUUUUUUCCAUUCCUGAUAAAAUUGAAGUUAAAGAAAUUAAUGAAACUAAAAAUAGAAAAAUCGAUGUUUUUUUUAGAAGUAAUUAUUUUAUGUUCAAUGAUCCUAAAAAAUACGAA